AGUCGCUGUGGCCUGGUUUCCGGAGCCACUCAACUGUUCUUCCAAGGCACGCUCAGUGUUGCUAGCGACUUGACAGGUGCAACAACGAACGGCCGUAGCAGUCGCAGUGCGCCGUGCCGCGAUACCGUUGUUUUUAUUUUCGCAACUCGAUUGAGCAGACUACGAUUAUUUGACAGUUGUGAUGGGUGUGUGGUUGUGUGGGCCCAGUAGGGCCGCGGUUUCGCUCUUGUGUGGACUUUUAAUGCUGGCCGGCGAAACGAAGGGAGUUGUUGAAGAAGAAAGUCCGGAAUGUAAGUUUCCGGGCGCGCCUGCGCACUCCGAAGUAGUGUUUUCAAACGAUAGUCUCGGUCCGGGUUCAGUGGCCACGUACGCUUGUGAAAGGGGGUGGGAACUUUUGGGGCCCUCGAGGAGAGUUUGCGACGGAGGACAGUGGCUUCCGGAGGGGAUACCAUUUUGUGUACUGAAUGUGGCAGCUGGCAAAGCGCCGAUGCAAGUCAGCACAGAUGCUGGAGGAAUACCACAAAAAGCCAUCGACGGCAGUACAAGCGCAUUUUUCAAUUCUGAAACUUGCACGCUCACCAAAGCGGAAAAAACUCCAUGGUGGUACGUGAACCUUCUCGAACCAUACAUGGUUCAACUUGUGAGGUUGGAUUUUGGAAAACCAUGUUGUGGUGCAAACAAACCAGCAACCAUCGUAGUACGCGUGGGCAACAACAGACCAGAUUUGGGCACGAACCCCAUCUGCAAUCGUUUCACAGGCUUCCUCGAAGAAGGCCAACCCCUAUUCCUCCCUUGCAAUCCGCCUAUGCCAGGAGCGUUCGUCAGCGUUCACCUUGAAGCGCCCACUGCCAGCCAGCUAUCCAUUUGCGAAGCUUUCGUUUACACGGAUCAGGCUUUACCCAUUGAAAGGUGUCCACAGUUCAGAGAUCAACCACCGGGCAGCACUGCCACUUACAACGGAAAGUGUUAUAUUUUCUACAACAGGCAGCCCAGUAUGUUUAAAGAUGCCCUUGCCUUCUGCAGAUCCAGAGGAGGUACUCUUGUAGAUGAAAGCAACCCAGCCCUUCAAGGCUUCAUCAGUUGGGAGCUUUGGCGACGUCAUCGAAGCGAUGCCAGUGGUCAAUACUGGAUGGGAGCGAUAAGAGACCCGAAGUUAGGAAACUGGAACUGGUUGAACGGCGAAGACGUAACCGUGUCAUUCUGGAAUCUUCCUGUGGGUAAUGGCGAAUGCGCUAGAUACGAUGGUACCAAAGGAUGGCUUUGGUCUGAUACCGACUGCAAUAUGCAUUUGAAUUACAUUUGUCAACACCAGCCUAAAGCAUGUGGACGACCUGAACAACCACCAAACUCUACCAUGGUUGCCGAAAAUUAUAACGUUGGCACUACCGUUGAAUAUUCCUGUGAUGAAGGACAUCUUUUAGUUGGUCCUUCGAGUAGAACUUGUCUUGAAAAUGGAUUCUAUAACGAGUUUCCACCUGUUUGCAAACGCAUUCAAUGUGGAUAUCCAGCAGACAUAGCCAACGGAGAGUACCAGUUGGUAAACGACAGUGUAGGUUACCUCAGUAGAGUCAUAUACUCUUGCGAUGAAGGCUUUGAAAUGAUUGGGAGAGCUCAGUUGGCUUGCGACAUCGACGAAAGAUGGAACGGACCACCGCCGAGAUGCGACCCGAUUAUGUGCGAACCUCCGGUUGAAAUCCCUCACGGAGUCAUGGAGACAACAAAUAAUAACGAAACAAUGUUUGGCACUACAGUUGAGUACACCUGCAAACCGGGAUUUAAUCUUGUCGGACCUAAAACUUUGACUUGUUUGGGCAACGGACAGUACGAUGCCUUACCGCCCACAUGCAAGGAAGACGUAACUACAACCACUACAGCAAGUCCGUCCCAGGAACCAAAAACUACAAUAAAAACAUCGACUACAAGACUAUCAUCGACUACUAGAUUGAGGACGAGGCCGCCUAAACCAUCGCCUACCACGAUAAAAGCAACGGAGAUAGUUAAAGCCACCAACAAAACAAGAAGGCCUUUCACUAAGACUACCAUAACCACAACUAGUAGCACCACCGCAAAAACAACAAGUUUACCGUCGAUUAUUGUGGCGGGACACCCACAGGACAACGAGAUUGCUGGAAGUAGCAAUAUACAACAUGGAGAGGUUCCAAAUGUUAAUAUUCCGCUUAGUGUGGAUGGCGAAAGGAGAGAACCUUUCGGGGCCAAACUCAAUGUUGGUGCCAUUAUUGCUUUGGGUGCCUUUGGGGCCUUCGUCUUUUUAGCGGCCAUUAUCACCACUAUCGUCAUCCUUGUCAGAAGAAACCAAAGUGCCAAACAUUACCGCCACCGCGCGUCUCCCGACUGCAACACCGUAGCGUCCUUCGACUCUUCGAGCUCGGAAUCGCGCAACGGCCUUAACCGGUACUACCGGCAGGCGUGGGAGAACCUGCACGAGUCCGCCGGCAGCAAAGCCGGCUCGAAGCAGAACCCCAACCAUUCCCCGCUCAGGAGAAAGGAGACGCUGGACGAGCCGUACCGAGGCGAUCGACAUCGCGACGCCUCGGAGUUAGUCGCGAGCGAAGCGUUCGCGAACAAGGCGGCCGAGAAGAAGCGCCACCACCACCACCACCAUCACCAAAAGGAGGGGAGGGAGUGGCGCGACGGUAGGCAACCGCCGCAUCGCGACCACAAGAGAUACUGACAACGUUGCAUGGUCAUCACAGUGCAACUCGAUCGUCCAUAGAUAAUAUUUUUUUAUUUAUUUAACAAUUUGUGUUAUUCAAGCGUGGCUCAACUAACUCUAGACGUCAGAACCCAGGAAAAUUUAUAACACACACAUCAGGUAUUGUAUACAUUUUCCAGUGCUUUGUAAAUAUCUUCUACAUGCAAGAGUAAUAAUUUUCCAUAACUAUGAACCCACGUCACAACCCAGACAGCAAUAUGACGUCUUAAUUAAGUCUGCAUAAGCUCUAUUUUAUGAUUUGGACGUCAAAUACAACAUCAGAAAGAAGUUUUUAAGAAGUUCUUAUUGACUUCUCAAAAAAGAACUCUUGAGGAACCCUUUUCUUUGACUUCGCAAUUAAGCAUUUUAAAGAGUCUUACUGUAUAAACUUAUAAAAAGACUUCUUUAGAAUUCCCAGUUUUGGAUAUAGAAGUACUACUAGGGUACUGAUGAAAAAAUUACAUACUGGAUCGUUGCUUAUUUUGACAUGUCAAGUUUAAUUACCAUAGAACAAACGAAUUGGUUAAAUUGAUUUUAUUAAAAUCAUUUUAAUAAUUUGCUCGAAUUGGCUUAUUUUUGGAAUUGCGAUUAGUUCGUCUCACUUUUGUUUAAAUUCAAGCGUGCUCUUCACCGGCACCGAUAGAGGCCUGUUUCGCUCUUUUGGAGCUCGUCAGUAUCGGGUAGCCGUUUACCUAGGUCUAAGACCGUUUGGUAUGGAGCACGCUCUAAAUUCUACUUCGCCGCUUCUUAUAUCAAACACAAGCAGUUACAGCGGUGAGAAGAAAGUAAUCGCAUUAAAAUGUCAUAAUUGUGACGUCUCCAUGUUGACGUCUUAAAGAGUUAAUAAUAUGAUUUCAGUAAGAAGUAAGAAAAGAAAAUACUGUAAGAUAUCAUAUAACUGAAGUCUUAUUUAUGAUACCCUUAGUAGCUUCUAAUUUUAAUUCCAAUAAGAGGUCAGAAAAAGAUACUUUAAGAUGUUAAAAAAUUGACUUCUUAUUUAUGAAUUCAUCAAGAACUCUUAAUCUUAAGCUCCUAAAAAUGAUGUCAUUUUGUGACCUCGGUAAGAUGUUUUUCAACAGACUUCCUACAGAAAUCUUUCUGAAUUGGAUGCUGUCUGGGAACAAUGGUCCAGCAUUCUCGCCAUUGUAAUAUUAUUGCAGUAAUCUGGGAUUGAUCCUAGGUCAUAACACUCGCUAUUAUAAACCAUUGUUGUGACCUAGGAUCAUAGUUGUGGGAAAUUACGGUACCGAAUUCCUCGGCCCUAUUUUACCCAAAAUAUCACCGAUAAAGUAAGGCUGAUGCAAUUCUGCUGGCAAGUGGUGGAUGAAGCAGUUUCUUUGACUGAUGGCGGAUUUGUUAUUGUAAGUUAUCAUUCUUCCAUACUUAUUGAUUUUAAACUUUAGAAUAAGUGUUUUUUUGGGAAGGAAGGUAACCCAUAGUGCCAUUGACUUAGGCAUCAUUUGUCACAAACAAAACGUAAAUCUUAUACAGCACUUGUAUAAGCUGUUACUCUCCAGUUAAAUCAGCUGCAAAUUAAUUUGUUUGCUAUUCACUUUUUGUAAAGUUUGCUGCUGUUUUAAAUCAUCCAAAGAAAAAAGUAUUUAAGAGCUAGUGGACUGUGAUAUAUAAUCAACGAACGUUUCAUGACAGAUUUUACGAAAAACACCACUCUUAAAUAGUUUUUUCCAACAGUUGUGUAUAAUUCUGUAUUAUUCAUCCAAAAAAUUAGUUUUAAUCUAGGAUAAGUCUAUUUUGUACGAUAUUAAUUUUUAGAUAAACAAAUCUU